UUCGCCUUGAAACUCGUUCUAGUGUAUGUGAUUGUUGUGACUCGUUCUUCUUCGUCGUUAUCUUCUUCUUUUGUUGUUUGUGUGUUUGUUUUUUCUCUCACCUGAAAAUGUCUUGCUGCGGUGGUAACUGUGGUUGCGGAAGCGCCUGCAAGUGCGGCAACGGCUGCGGAGGCUGCAAGAUGUACCCAGACUUGAGCUACACCGAGUCAACCACCACCGAGACCUUGGUCAUGGGAGUGGCACCAGUUAAGGCUCAAUUCGAGAGUGCUGAAAUGGGUGUUCCCGCUGAGAACGAUGGCUGCAAAUGUGGAGCUAACUGCACCUGCAACCCCUGCACUUGCAAGUGAGGUGUUGGAGAGCUAAAGCUUCAAGCAGAAAUGGCCCUUAGAAAUAAUGAUAAAAACUAUAUGUAGUUUCAAAACUUCAAAAUUAUGUAGUAUGUAUUAUGUUGCACUCUGGUGUUUUGUGUCUAAACAAACACCCUUAGAAUAAAGUGGUCAUUUCUUGCCCUUGAGCAAGUUCAAGUGUUUUGGACUUGUGAUGGGUGUGUUAAGGUCAUGGUUGCCUUUUUUUUAUAUAUAUAUAUAUAUAUAAAUGUUUGGUAAUUGGUCGCUUCUGUAUAAAGUUCGGCUAGUUAAUCUGAAUUAUGAAUCUCUGCUUAUAAUAUUAAACUAGUACUAUUGCUGGAAUAAAGUGUCUAGUUUUUCUGUU